UUAGUGGCUGGGACUGGAGGGGGCUGGCAAGGGAAGACACAGGAUGGCUUAGAAGCCUCUGCCUACAGGACCUCACGGGCAGGGAAAGACUCUAGACAGAGUCCAAGGCUGCUGUGAUGGCUGAGGCUGGAGGGUCCCCUCAGGGGCCCUGAACGCGUUGGCACUGCCUCUCAGGGACACCCUGGAAGUUAGCAUCAGUGGGACUUGGAAGCUCUGAUCUCAACAACCAUGGCUGGCGAUUCCAGGAAUGCUAUGAACCAGGACAUGGAGAUUGGGGUCACUCCCAGGGACCCUAAGAAGAUUCCCAAACAGGCCCGCGAUUAUAUCCCCAUCGCCACCGACCGCACGCGCCUGCUGGCAGAGGGCAAGAAACCCCGGCAGCGCUACAUGGAGAAGAGCGGCAAGUGCAACGUCCACCACGGCAACGUCCAGGAGACCUACCGCUACCUGAGCGACCUCUUCACCACCCUCGUGGACCUCAAGUGGCGCUUCAACCUGCUCGUCUUCACCAUGGUCUACACCGUCACCUGGCUCUUCUUUGGCUUCAUCUGGUGGCUCAUUGCUUACAUCCGGGGCGACCUGGACCAUGUCGGGGACCAGGAGUGGAUUCCCUGCGUGGAAAACCUCAGCGGCUUCGUGUCUGCCUUCUUGUUCUCCAUCGAGACCGAGACGACCAUCGGGUACGGCUUUCGGGUGAUCACCGAGAAGUGUCCAGAGGGCAUCGUCCUCCUCCUGGUGCAGGCCAUCCUGGGCUCCAUCGUCAAUGCCUUCAUGGUGGGCUGCAUGUUCGUGAAGAUCAGCCAGCCCAAGAAGAGAGCGGAGACCCUCAUGUUCUCCAACCACGCCGUCAUCUCCCUGCGGGACGAGAAGCUCUGCCUCAUGUUCCGGGUGGGCGAUCUCCGCAACUCCCACAUCGUGGAGGCCUCCAUCCGCGCCAAGCUCAUCAAGUCCCGGCAGACCAAGGAGGGCGAGUUCAUCCCCCUGAACCAGACCGACAUCAACGUGGGCUUCGACACGGGGGACGACCGCCUCUUCCUGGUGUCCCCACUCAUCAUCUCGCACGAGAUCAACGAGAAGAGCCCUUUCUGGGAGAUGUCGAGGGCCCAGCUGAAUCAGGAGGAGUUCGAGGUCGUGGUCAUCCUAGAAGGGAUGGUGGAGGCAACGGGCAUGACUUGCCAAGCACGGAGCUCCUACAUGGACACCGAGGUGCUCUGGGGCCACCGAUUCACACCAGUCCUCACCUUGGAAAAGGGUUUCUACGAGGUGGACUACAACACCUUCCACGACACCUAUGAAACCAACACACCCAGCUGCUGUGCCAAGGAGCUGGCAGAAAUGAAGCGGGAAGGCCGGCUCCUGCAGUACCUCCCCAGCCCCCCACUGCCAGGAGGCUGUGCUGGAGCAGAGCUGGAAGCAGAGGCUGAGCAGGAAGGAGAGGAUGAGCCUGAGGGUCUGAGGGGGUCCCGGGAGACCAGGGACUCAGUGUGAAGACUGAACUCUCCCCAUGACGUCCCGUCACCGGCUUCUUACAAGUGUAGAUACUGCAGGGCUGGGGGGGAGGAGGCGGUGAAUGGCUAAAUGUGCCAUUUGGAGGGUGGGUGGGGCAGGAGUCAUUAUGUCUCUGUGGGGAGGAGCCAUAUACCCAGUCCCAGAACCUCCCAGCUCGAGACCUCCCCGAGCAGGUGGCCUUUUGCCUGGACCUCUGUGACACAGCUGCCUCCCCUCUCCCAGUCUGUCACACUGGUGGAGGGCCAGGCCGGAGGGGCGUCCCCACACUGAAAAGUACAAGUGGCCUCUGUCCUCACACAUCUCUCUCUGCCACCUGGCCCGGAUCACCUUUCUCUUUGAGUAUCACAGACCAACUGGCAGCCCCUCCGGGACAAACACCCAGAGAGGGCCAUCCCCCCUCCCCCAAAUCCCUACCAUCCCGGGGCUCGUUGUAGACUCAGGGCAGGAAGCUCAACCUGCUGGUGCUAGGGGGAGCUCACAGACCUUG